GCUACGACUAGCUCAUUGUGCCACACCACCCAACACACAUCUGCUACCAUUUUUAUCGGAAUUACUACGUACGCACGCACCCGCCUCAGUAGUUCAAGAACACAUAUACACACUUCAAAAAUCUUGCUAGCUUAAAUUACUUUGCAUUUUAACCAUACGGAUAGAUUGAUCUACCGAUCGGCUAUGAAGAUCACGGUGCAUUCAUCCAAGGCCGUGAAGCCGGUGUACGGCGACGCCGUGGCCGCUCCGAGCACCGCCGACGUUGUGCCGCUCAGUGUGUUCGACAGGGCGAACUUUGACACGUACGUCUCCGUCAUAUACGCCUUCCGCCCGCCGGCUCCGGCCAACUCCGUCCUCGAGGCGGGCCUCGCCAAGGCGCUGGCCGAGUACCGCGAGUGGGCGGGCCGCCUCGGCGUGGAUGGCGACGGCGACCGCGCCAUCCUGCUCAACGACGCGGGCGCGCGGUUCGUCGAGGCGACGGCCGACGUGACGCUGGACAGCGUCGUGCCGCUGGAGCCGACGCCUCGGGUGACGAGCCUCCACCCGAGCGCCGACGACGACGGCGCCGAGGCGGAGGUGAUGAUGGUCCAGGUCACGCGGUUCGCGUGCGGGUCCCUCGCCGUGGGCUUCACCGCGCACCACAUGGUGUCCGACGGCCGCGCCACCAGCAACUUCUUCCUCGCGUGGAGCCAGGCCACCCGCGGCGUCGCCAUCCACCCCGUCCCGGUGCACGACCGCGCCUCCUUCUUCACGCCGCGCGACCCGCCACGGGUGGACUACGAGCACCGCGGCGUGGAGUUUAAGACUUGCGAAAAGCUCGACAGAAACGAGAACAACGACGACGGCCAUGGACACGGCCACGACGGCGAGGUGGUGGUGACACACAAGGUGCACUUCAGUAGGGAGUUCAUCUCCAAGCUCAAGGCGCUCGCGUCGGCCGGUGGCGGCCAGCGUUCGUACAGCACCCUGCAGUGCGUGGUGGCGCACCUGUGGCGCUGCAUAACGAUGGCUCGCGGGCUCGAGGGGAGCGUGGCCACGAGCGUGUCCAUCGCCGUGGACGGGCGCGCGCGGAUGAGCCCGCCGGUGCUGGAUGGCUACACGGGCAACGUCGUGCUCUGGGCACGGCCGACCGCCACCGCGCGGGAGCUCGUGACCAUGCCGCUGCAGCACGCGAUGGGUCUCAUCAACCGGGCGGUGGCACGGAUCAACGACGGCUACUUCAAGUCGUUCGUCGACUUCGCCAACUCCGGCGCGGUGGAGGAGGAGCGGCUGGUGGCGUCGGCCGACGCGGCGGAGAUGGUGCUGAGCCCGAACAUCGAGGUGGACAGCUGGCUGCGGAUCCCGUUCUACGAGCUUGACUUCGGCAGCGGCCAGCCAUUCCUGUUCACGCCUAGCUACCUGCCGGUGGAGGGUCUUCUCAUCCUCCUGCCAUCUUUCUCCGGCGACGGCAGCGUCGACGCCUACGUGCCACUCUUCAGCCACGACAUGGACACCUUCAAGAACUGCUGCUAUGUACUCCCUGAACUCAGCUAAUUCUGCUGGCGGUCUUGGUCGUUGACUGCACGAAGUGUCCCAUCUUUUUUAUUGUGUCUUUCAAAACGUCUAUUCAUUUCUCUAGGGGAUGUCAUCUUGUUUUUCCAUGUCGCUUAAAAAAUCAUAAAAGUUUUUAAAAAAUAAGUAAGAACUAAAAAAAUUAUAAGCCGUAAAAUCCAGCGUGGGUUUAGAAAGUUUUGAUCCCUUUGUUAUAUGGAAAUAGCUUUUCUUCAUAUUUGCGGUGGGUACAUUAGGUAUAUUAGCGAGUCCAUUUCAUCUUAGUGUCUAUCCACCUAAACGUCCAUGAGAUUGUUCGCUUCUGUUGGCUGUUGCAGCGGUAGCGGCUGUGGCCAUUGAAAAUGGCUGCCAGCGGCAGUAGCUUUUGGAGCUCCCGCAACUGCAGUGGGUGCGACAACAAUCACUACCGAUCAGCCUCUAUAUAAAGGAUUAUGUAUGGGCAAUAUUAAAACUGUACUUUCAAGUAGUACAUUGUUGUAUUUUUCACAGCUUUCGCAGUUACCGGAACUAUAUGUAUGAGUCAACAACUACUACAAUUGAAUUGUUUGGGCCUACUGCCGUACUCGUUAUCAGUGGGAAA